AUGUCAUUCGAUAGCCAGGGCGUCUCUGAAGGUUCCUUGCCUUCUGGCUCGCGGAGACCGCCUUUCUUCUUCCGAGAGGAGUACGCUGGUCUCAUUGUUAAAGGUAACUUUAUGACGUUGGCUGCGAAGCCGAAACUAGUUGAAGAUGGUGAAUGGCUUGCGCAUCAAGUGGUCGAACAAUAUCGCUUGCUUGAGCAAAUGAUCGACAUUAUCAAGGUGCCGGAUGAGAAGACUCUAAAGCCGAUUUGCAACCACGAAGUUUGUCCUACCAUGUCGGCCAGUGGUCACACCUACACCUGGCUCGACAACAAAAAGAACCCCAUCAAAAUCCCCGCCAUCCAAUAUAUCAACCUCGUGCAAAAAUGGAUCGUCGGCAAAAUCAACGACCCCUCCAUCUUCCCAACAGACACUACCUCACCCACCUUCUCCGCCGCCACGUAUCCGUCAGGCUCCCUAACCCCAAUGUCAACGCCGCAGCCCCUUGGCCCAACCAACCUCAACGCUCCGCUCUCCCAACUCUCCGGCCGCGAAUGGCUGGGCAAGCCCUCCGGAUUCCCUGAACACUUCGAAUCCGACAUCAAAAGCAUCUACCGUCAGAUGAUGCGGUGCUACGCGCACAUCUACCACGGCCACUGGCUCGAGCCCUUCUGGAAUAUCAAUGCGUACAAGGAGCUCAACACGUGCUUCAUCCAUUUUAUCAAUGUCGGGAAAUUGUUCGGGUUGUUGGGCGACAAAGAAGUCGAGCCCAUGCAGCCGUUGAUCGAUGUCUGGCUUGCGAAAGGACUGUUGCCGCCUUCACCACAGCAGCAGCAACAGCAACAGCAGCAGAAGGAAAAUACGGGGCAGCAGCCCGCUGGUCAGGCUGCGCCUGGCUCUUGA